AUGGUGAAAACCAAGCCUUGGCAAGAUGUGCCCUACACCCCCAAGAACGCCCUGGUAGGUCCACGUGGUCUUCGUCAAGACCAAACCAAAUGGAAGUGUACACUCUCCGACCUUUUGAAAGCCGACAACAAGGGCAUCGUCAAGCUUCUGGUUCGGGACAGACUCCUCUUCGACAUGACCGGCGUCGCCUGUCCCAGAUGUGGCAAAGGCACGCUUUCCAAGCUAACCAAGUGCCGAUGUGACAGUUGGAAACACAAGUGCUCAUCACGGAAUUGCCGUGUGUGGCUCAACCCACAUCACUUGCACCCUUUGUUUGUGGACGGACGGGGCAACUCGGCCAAGUCUUUGCAGACUCAGUCAACACGCCUACUGCUUCUUCAGCAUCGAAUUCCUCAAUCAAAGAUUCACAUGCUGAUGGACAUCAACCACAAGGCUGUCGAGGAGAUGCACCGGAAACUUUGUCUUCUGCGACGGGAGUACGUUGAAUCCAAACAGAAAAGCACCAUCUUCGGCAAUGGCACGACCUGGGCGGAUGUAGAAGCAGACGAGGCCACGUUUGACAGACGCGGCAUCAGCAACGACAUCCAGUGGGAACACUUCGUGAAGACCAAAGAUUCCACAAUGCUGUGGGAACAGUGGGCUGGUGUCGUGCAGCGUGGCAAACUUGAGACUCUCGCGCUGUUUCGCUUGGACCCCAAGCUAACAGUUAAACGAGCACCAGGACCUGGAGUUAUCAGGAAGCUAGAGUGGAAAGCACUCGGAAACAAGCUCCUGCAAAAUCGUCGUGUUGUUCUCCAUACCGACUCGGCAAAGUCUUACAAGUUGAAGAUCGACGGCGUCAGUCACGAUCGUGUGGUCCAUGCGAAGAAGAGGGUCAAGGUGGAUGGCAAGUUUCGUUGGUUGAAGCCGCACUACGUCAAACUCGUGAAGCACAAGGUUCCCAAGACCAACCACACCAUCACCGUGAAGUCUGGCACGCAAAUCAUCGAUCGCGCAUGGAGGUUUCUGAAAGAUAGAAUCAUCGUUAACCAGAACUGUCGCGCGGGCAGCAAGGCUCUGAGAGCCAAGCUUCGAACUGCACAGUACGAAUACUGGCACAAGAACGAUGAUUUGUGGCUGCAUUGCGGUAUGCUCUGCAGCCAGAGUAUCAAGAAGCUCGUUAGAUCCAUUGUUUAUCGAGUUCGUGACAUUUUCUUCAAGAUCACGCGGAAUCUGGGGACGGUGCGCAAAGGACCCACCGUGCCGACCAUGCAACAGGUGCACACGGCCCUCGCUACGGUCCUCCUGCAAUCUUGGCAGCUGUGUGCUCCGGUCAACUCCCCGACCAACAAAUCAGUUCGUCCGGCAGCUGAGCGUGUGAGACCUACGCUUUCCCUACUUUUCCAGCGGUGGGUGCAGGUGAGACGUCUUGCCUCGCUUCAGAAAGCCCUUGCCAAAGCUGCAAAAGAGCGCAAGAAGAAUGCAUUUGCUGCCUUCCUGGAGGAAAUCAAUCGGCCAGGCUUUGGCAACCUGAUGUCUCGAGUCUUCAAGGCGACCAAGAGGUUUGCUCCUCGUACCAAGAAAACCCGUGUGCAACUGAAGGACGAGGCGGGUCAACUCUUUAGACAGCUCUACAACAGUCCUGAUCAUGCUCCACCACCUGGAGGGCUCACUGAGGGCGUCGAUAUUUCAUGGUCCGAAUGGAUGAGUGCGCUCUCCCAGACAGCGGCACGCAAAGCCGUUCCACAACACUAUGCUCCUGCCCUUCUUUGGAAGGAAUGUGCCGAUCUCCUGGCCGACACGAUUGCUCCGCAGGCUCAGUUUCCAGAGGGACCGAUACUCUUCUGCGAUGCCUGGGUGAUUGCAUACCUCGCUCUCCUACCCAAACCUCCGAAACUGCCAUCUCACCCCAAGGCCCUGAGACCCAUUAGCUUGCUGGAUCCUGUGUCGAAGGCUUUCGGAGUGGUUCUUGCUCAACGCCUCAAGCCGUACUCCAACGCGUACCUCCACGAUCUUCCGCAAUUCUCUUAUUUGGAGGGGAGGUCUACAUCCGACUCACUUGGAAAGGCCAUGUCGCACUGUUCUGUCAUUCGACAGAUUCUCCAGUCUCAAAAGGCCAACGUGCACACUGCUCGCGCUGGCAAGCACAGACUUGCAUUGGCGGGUGGCCUGGCUCUGAGUGUUGAUCUCUCACGUGCUUUUGACUCCAUCCCCUUUUGGGUGUUGAAGGAGGCUUUGCUCCAUGCCAAUGUCCCAACUGGCCUUGCAGAACUUAUCCUCUCCUUCCAUUCUCAAAUCAGGUUUCAGGUUCCUGGUUUUGACUCUGAGGCUAUUGCAGGGCGCGGCAUCAGGCAGGGAUGUCCGCUCGCUCCCCAGCUAUGGGCGAUCACCUCUGGAUACUUGACACACUGUAUUCAGCUCCGAACAUCCUCUCAGUUCGUGCGGGAAUCCCUCACCCUUUAUGCGGAUGACACCCUGGGGACUUGGGAAAUACGCUCCUUUGCCGCACUCAGACGCGGCCUAAGGGAGGCUGCCUGCGUACUUGACACGCUUCUAGAACAUGAGCUCGAGGUCAGCCCAGACAAAUCUGUCAUUUUGCUGGAACUUCGUGGCCCGAAGGCAUCCCAAGCUCUUAAAUCAGUGCUGUGCAAACUGCCGACUGGUAAAGGAGUCUGCGCGGGUAGGUGGAAACUGCCUUUGCGCUCCUCGCAUCCUUAUCUGGGUGCUAUCAUUUCAUUCCGCAACUUUGAGAUGAUGACAUAUCAAUCCCGCAGGACGAAGGCCGUUCAGACGUUCACUCGGUUAGGAAACAUUCUUCGUGAUCGCCGGGCGCUCACUCUUUCCACACGUGUUCAGCUGUGGAAAUCCCUUGUGCAACCGGUCUUGUUGUACGGGUUAGCUGCUACUGGAGUCACUGAUGACAUCCUCAAGGAUUUGUAUGGAUUGGUCUCUAAACAACUGCGGUCUGUCAGCCGGAGCCACAGUUUUCACACUCGAGAACGGACCAGCGACCUUCUCAUUCGGCUUGAGGUUGAACCUCUGCACACGGCCCUUCUGAAAGAAGCCGAGAGAUGCUGCGAACAAGCUGCUUUGCAUUCGGACCUGCAACCACCCCGUGUGGGAGAGUGGCACCAACUGUGUCGCAGCACUAUUCUCAGCUGGCAAAACGCUAUGGCUGAGCAGUCUGGCACUGCUGCUGAAAGUGGAUCAGCCAGGCUAGUUGAGAUCACCAACAUUGCUCUUGAAACUCAUGCGUGUCCAGAAUGUGGUCAGGAGUUUGCUGACAUCACACACAUGCACAAGCACCUGGCUAAGGCACAUAAGAUUAGUCUUCGGGGCGAUUGGCAUCAACACCUGACCAAAGACUGUGUUGCUCUUAGUCGCGGGGGCAUGCCGAAGUGCUUUUUCUGUCAUCAUGAAUUCUGGGGCUGGCCAGAGUUCAACCUGCAUGUUGCUUACAAACAAUGUGCUGGCCUCAGAGCUCAUGCGGCCCUCCACGGUGACACUUUUCAUGUGAUCCCGCCGGAGCAAUCGGAUCAUUUGCCGCUGAUACAGAGACCUGACAUUAAACAAAAGCUUGAGCAGGGUCCCUGGUACUCCAUCCUUCGACAUCCCUCAGUUGUGCAGUCCCUUGAGCAUCACUGUCCGAUUUGCCACAAGUAUGUCCUCCAACCAGGCGCGAUGCUCAUUUACGUCAUUGCCUCAUCCCUUGCUCGAAUUCGCUGGAGGCUCCCACGAUGGGAGGGGAAGCCAGAGGAAGCGGAGCGCACCAACAAGCAGCAAGGUCUGGCAAAGGGGAAGGGCAACCCCAAGGGAAAAUAUCAGCGUGGUUUGGAUGGACAGGGAAAUCGAGCCGAUCACCGCAAGUCCGAGCUACUCUUCCUGCAACAGGUGGUGGCCAGCCUCUGCAGACUCAUUCUUCGCCACGAGGAUGCCCUGGCAUUGCAGGCUCUGGACACUCGAUUCGUGCUCUUCUGCUCCAAUCACGAUCAAGCCCUUCCGAGCAAGCUGUGGAAAUUAGCCAAGGUCUGGCGAGAAAAGAAGGAGAAGCAGCUGGUCAACAUGUCAUUGAGGGUGACUAUGGGACUCUUCAUGAUCGGGGAGGUGAUCCGGAAAGCGGAAGAAGGAAUGGCCAAGUCCCGGGAAGAGAUGGUUCAGAAUCUCUGGAUUACCGAGGACGGCAACUGGAACUAUCUGCUCUGGGAUUCCGAGUCCAAAUCCCACAAGGUCGAUGCCAGCAAGGACCCUAUCGCACACUCCCUGAUUCUGAAGGACUUGCGGAGGCUGGAGGAACUGCUUCCCACUCCGAAUGUGUUGCAUCGCCUGCACUCCCUUCGUCCUCUCACCGAGACUUCAGAGGCGCCGGUGAUCGCAUUUGUCAUGGACAUAGGACUCCGGGCUGCGGAAGCUCAGGAAGCAUACACCAUUCUGAGGGAUCCAGUGUGCCAUCACCCAAGUGGCAUCGUUCAACAUCCGGCCGGACAAGCUGCAGAGGUCUGCAUUGGCCAAUCACAUACAGAUGCAGAUCGCCAAGCUGUCCUCUCGCUGAGGCUUCAUAAUCCGUCUAACCUGUGUUAUGCACACUCUUUUCUUCUUGCAUGGCUGUGGAGCAGCUGGCCCAUUGAUCAUCCUGCUGCACAGGUUACCCCAGACGCCAGAGUAUUCAUACAGUCGUUGCUUCAGGUCCGCAAUUGCACCUGUCUCCUGGAGUUACCAGACUGGUUGCGUUUUACUCGCGACUGGCAGGAGCCUCACAGGCAGCAUGAUGUGGCCGAGUUCGCACAAUUUUUGGUGUCGGCCCUUGGUAUCACCAAUAUCAUGAUGCAAUCUCAGGCCCGUGUGCAGACUGAUCAAGGUAUUGACAUUCUUUCCACCGAGAGUUCAGCUGUGCUUCGCCUGCCGCUUACUUCUGCAAGCAAUGAUGUGCAAGGGCUGAUCAACUUGUGGUCCACUCAGGGCCACGUGCAGGCCCUCAAUGAGCCUUUGCCAAGGCUUGCUGUUGUGCAAAUCGCCCGAUUCGCAGAAUCCUCCAAAGAUUGCACACCGAUUGACUGUCAGCGAAUCAUCCAUAUUCCAAUGUUUACUGGACCUGAGCUUGACACCAUCGCUGUUGCCUAUUGUCUUGAGGCGGUUUGCUUGCAUAGGGGUGCUCAGGCCACGCAAGGUCAUUACCGGGCCCUGCUUGUUGCCGAAGACAGUGUCACAAGAGCGACAUCAUCUGAUCCUGUGGGAGCGCUUCCACAAAGCCUGUACACCUACCUCACUGAUGAUGGAGUCUGUGCCUCGCCGGACACCUUGAGUGCGAGAACAUCCUUACUACAAUUGGAAGGAUAUGUCCUCUUCUACAGAUUACAACGAUGUCGCUCUUUCGUUAGCUCGUUCCGAGAGUGCCAAAACAAGGAGACGCUCGUCUGGACGAUCACGAAAAGGGCUCCGGAGGAGCAUCGGAAGCUCUACCACGACUUGUAUCUGAACCGGAAGUUUUUCUGGAGCGAGAAGACCAAGAAAGGGCACAAGUUUGUCAGCAAGGCAAGCCAGACCCUGUCGUGGUCGGGGGGCACUGGGUGGAAGGUGCUGGACGAUAACCAGCAGAUCGUCGUCAAAGAGUCACCGAAGCCUGACCCAGAGAAGGCACUGCCUUACCAGGGCAACCAGAAGAAAGCUUGGUGCUUGUGGUCGAAGAGCGAGCAGGACUACGUGCUGGCGGCGGUGGAAUGCCACUUGUUGUCGGACCCCAAAAUCAAAGAGGUCGGCCCAGCGGUUGAGGGUCAUGGCAGCUCCUCGGUGCCCCUUUCAGGCCCUAUCUAA